AAGGCGCUAAGAAGAUUCAUUCACAAAGCUUUUCAGCCGACAAAUAUGAAAUCAUCCAGCUCCGCAUCCCUAGCCACCAUCGAGUACGGGAAGAAAAAGGCGACGAAGCAAAGGAUCUCCAUUCAUCAUCUCUUUCACUGUCUAUUGAAUCAGACCCACGAGCGACGAUGUCCACGCUGCUCUCCGUCUUUCCUCCGGCGACUGGCGAUGAAGACAUCACAACAAUUGACGGCGGCAAAGGCAAUUUGAAGGAGGAAGAUGGGGAUUUUUGGGUCGGG